AUGGUGCGGGUCAAAGAGCGCAGGCUGGGCCUUUGUAACUCAGGGGAGCAUGAGGGACAUGCGCGCAUAUCUCAAGCUUUGUGUGGUCUUCUCCAUUUUUUUUUUUUUUUUUUGGUGGCUGUAACAACCAAUGUGAUCAUGAUUCUGCUCAUCCACGUGGACUAUCACCUCCAUACACCCAUGUACUUUUUACUCAGCCAGCUCAUGGACACAGUUUACAUUUGUAUAACUCUUCCAAAUGCUGCAAGAUCUUCUAUCGAAGAAAAAGAUCAUCUUCUUUUUGGGAUACUUCAGAUCUUCCUCUACCUAAUCCUAAUUGGAGGUGAAUUUUUCUUGCUAGGCCUCAUGGCUUUUGGCCGGUACCUGGUUGUGUGCAAACCCCUGGGAUAUCCUCUCCUCAUGAACUGCAGGAUUUGUUUGUUCAUUGUGGUAGGCUUCUGGGUUGGUAGCUCCUUAGAUGGAUUCAUGCUGACCCCCUUCACCAUGAGUUUCCCCUACUGAUUAAUUUCCCGAGAAAUUAAUCACUUUUUCUGUGAGAUUCCAGCAGUACUAAAAAUGUCAUGUCUUGAUACAUCACUCUGUGAGACUCUGAUGUAUGCCUGCUGUGUGCUAAUUCUGCUCAUCCCUAUAUACAUCAUCUCUAUUUCCUAUAAAUGCAUCUUGCUUACCGUCCAUUGGAUGAACUCUGCUGAAGGCCAGCAUAAAGCCUUUGCUAACUCUUCCUCCCAUAUUUUGGUGGUGAGAAUUUCCUAUGGUGCAGCCUUCUACACAAAUGUGCUGCCUCAUUCUUACCACACACCAGAGAAAGACAAGUUUGUAUCCACCUUCUAUACCAUCCUCGCCUCAAUGGUCAGCCCACUCAUAUACAUUUUGAGGAAUAAAGAUGUGGCCACAGCUCUAAUAAAAUGCUGGGAAGAUGAUCCUCCUCUUGAACAAUGA